CUGGAGGCCAAAAGUGAGAAACAUAAAAUUGUAUGGCUCUUCAUUUCAUUGCCUGAAACCAAGAAGCUGGAUAAGUGAUGAGGUUAUUGAUGCAUUUUUGAGCUGUGUAGUUGAGAAAGCAGAUGGAAAGGUACAAGCCAUCUCAUCAGUAGUUUCCACUGCCAUUCUCUCAGGCAGAGCUACGCAAAUGAAAGUGAAGAUAGCCUUGAUGAAAAAAAAGGAAUUGUUAAUAAUUGACCCCUUGUGUGAUGAGAUCAGAUAUGAAAGAACAUGCCUGAGGAAUUGGAGAAACUUCAUCAAACGAUUAACUAGUAAAUCCUCAUCUGAUUGGAACAGUAAAAUUGUGGAGCAUCCCAGACAAAAUGAUGGUCACAACUGUGGACCACUCAUCUUAAAGUUUGCAGAAACAUAUUUGCAGCACAAAGACAUCAGUACAGUGGAAACAACACAGAAGGCUAAUACUGCGUUUAGAAGACAUAUAGCAAUUCUUCCAAUGAAGGAGUCAGAAAGCAUGGAGGACUACUGCAUAUACUGCAACCUUAUCGACUGUGAAAAAGAAAGUGAGGAUUGCACGAUGGUCCAGUGUGAUUCUUGCAAGAGGUGGGCACAUAUACCAUGCAUUACAGAAGGAAACAAUCAAGAAAACCUGACAUAUGAGAAGAAAGAGUACAACUACAAGACAUGUGCAUAGUUCACUUCAUUAACAAAAAGAAAAAAGGCAAUAAAGAAAACCCAUUAACUGCCUCUUGUUCAAAACAUAAUGCAACCCAAAGAAAUAUAUUUCUAUGUAUACAUCAGAUUAUAAUAAAUGUUCUUGAUGUUAAAUAAAUUAUUCUCUGUAUUUCUGUCCAUAUAUAUAAUGCAAACUAUAAAAUUUUAAAAGUAAUUUUAAAAAAUGAAAGUGGUGUCAUCAUAGGAGUGCUCCAUACCCCGAAACCUAACCUCCCUUUUCAUGUAUUCAUACACAAGAAAGCGAA